UCCAUUUCUGACAAUAUUUUGUGAACACAUUUCUACACAACAAUUGUGGCAGGGGCAGUUGCGGCAUGUUGGAAAAUUCUCUUGUCUCUGCGUUUAUUGCCUGUCUAAUCAGCGCCACAUCUUUGUUUUAUGUGUCGCAGGCUGCCAGUCUGCGAAAUGCUCAACCACGUCUAACCCUGUCCAUGGCUUCCCGGUCGCGAAGUGCCAUGCAAUCGAUGCGAGAGUUUGCCCUGUACAUGGGCCCCAAAGGAUUGCCGGUGGAACCCGAGGAGCAGUCACGCGGCAUGGAUGUUCCCUUCUUAACCGCAGGACAACGCCAACUGCUGGCGGAGGAUGAAGAGUUUCCCUUGGACUUGCGCAGCAAAAUGCCAGAGUUUCAGCCAAAGGAAAAUGCUGCCAUCAAGUGCAGAAGAAAGAUCGAUGGCGAUUCAGACUUGGAGUUCUGCACUGGCACAGAUGAGAGUGCGGCAGCUCAUUCGAUUGCGAUUCAUUUGGUGUACUCAAUGCUGAUUGUCCCGCUGCUAGUUUAAUACAAAUAAUACAAAUUCUGUUUGCAA